AGGCCACGCCCCCUACAACAAGCCCCGCCCACCAGGACUCCAAGCCACGCCCCUGAUCCAACAAGCUCCGCCCCCGCGGCCGCUCCCCAUGCCCGGGGCCCGGGUGGUGGCGCUGUGCUGCCUCCUGGCGGCCGUGGCCCGCGCCUGCGUCUUCUGCCGCCUGCGGCACCGGGACGUGCGGGGCCUCCUGGCUCGUCUGUGCCGCGGGUCGAAGACCCCCGACGGCCACUCCGACCACCCCCCCGCCGGCUGCGUGGACCAGUGGGACUUCGCCGACUUCGCCUUAGAUGCCGUGUCGAUGGACAGGAUCACGGAAAAGACAUACAGAGUCCUCAGAGUCAUGGAGAUAAACAAUUCUGCCUCCUCUCUCCCUUCCUACUGGCACUGGCUCCGGGAAAGAAGACUUCCAGAAUACACGCAGGAAGUUCUGUGUCCUCCCAUCUGCCGGAGCGUCGUGAAGUUGUACAACUGCUCCACUUGUGAGGCGAAGAAAGUCAGCUGUUGGAGUGUCCAAAAAUGCCACCCAGAUCACAAAGGCUUGUGGGGUGCAAUGAUAUCGAUUUUGUCCGUCUCCUGCGCCUCUGUUUUUCUCGGCUUUGUCAGCUGCUUCGUGGAAUCCCGCUACCUCCCGGAAGACGGCACCUCAACCGCACCAGGCCCCCCUCGAAUCCACCGGUGACUCCCCGGACCAGUGAAGGACCCAGGCAUCCUGCUCCCAACCCCCAGUUCUCCCACGCCCCCAUUCCACCCAACUCGGCUCCCACUGCUCCUCCUCCCUCCUCCCCCGGCAACUCAAGAGUCCCGGCCUCCAGAUCCAUCUGUCCCCUCAAUUUCCAGCGUGGGAAGCCCCGCCCCUCAGACCGGCCCGCCAGUGGGAUGGGGGUUGGCUAUUUUUGCCAGGAAAAUUCUCAGCGAUGGAAAAAAACCUCACCUCAUUUCCCUUGGGCGGUGGGUCCGUUAUCUCUGCCUCCCUCUCUGCCGGCCCCUCUCCCCUCUCAGGAAUCCGGGAAUCCGGCCCUGCCCAGGCGAGCCGCCUCUUCCCGCCCGAAGCCUGGAAUCCGAAUCCCACUGACUUAUUAAAUGCCUCCUGUUGCCCAUUUC